AUUACGAUUCAUUGCAAGUUAUCGAUCGGUUUUGUGUUCAUCUUUUCGGUGAUCUAAACGCGCGCAUAAAUAAAUCGACGGAUCAAACUUCAACCGGUGCACUUCAAACGGAACCCGAACUGGUAUAUUAUCGAACAGCGUUGCGUUGGCUGCUGCUGCUGUUGUGUUAAUCCAGCGGUGCGCUCGUCGCGAUGUUUUCAUUGAAUAAUCUCACGCUAUCGGCCAGUAUUGCUCGCAUUUUGAUUAAUUAUGAAAACAUUUGUGUCACUGUGAUUCGCGUUUUAUUGCCGAAUUUCAACAAUGUCAAGAAUUAAACACAACAAACAAACCGCGGUGUUCGCCAAACCGGUUGUCACUUCCAGACCGUCGGUCGCUGUUGACGCGCUACUAAUCAGUAUUAUUAGUGCUACUUGUGCUCUAGUUAUUAGUGUUGACUUUGCACCUCCGGUCGUAGAAAUAUAAUAGGGCGAUCCGAUCCCGUUUAUAGUGUACGUACAUUAUAAUUGUUAUCAUUAUUGUUGUACACACCGUAUUGGGGCCUGGUGGUUCGUUGAUGAGUCCAUAGGCAAAGUCGUUUAUUUGUUGUUUUUUAUUCUGGUGCACUAUCAUCAAACGAACAUGUCACUUAAGACGGAAAUUUCGCGGGAGGGCGAAACUCGAACUGCCUCCUUUCGAACUAAUUCGACCAAAUGUCAUCUGUCAGACUGCGAGCUCAUGUGUUUUUUUAACACUGAAGAGCACAGCAGUAACGCUAGAGAAAAUGCGCACAGAAUUUUCGUUAACAGAAGUUUACACUUGGAAAACAUAAAGUUCUAUGGCUUCGACAUGGACUAUACGCUUGCCGAGUAUAAAUCACCGGCUUACGAGAGACUGGGAUUCGCGUUGGCCGUAGAAAGAUUAGUCUCGCUUGGUUAUCCCACUCAAAUACUUCAGUUUGAAUAUGACCCCACCUUUCCAGUCAGAGGUUUGUGGUUCGAUUCGCUGUAUGGAACAUUGCUCAAAGUAGAUUCCUAUGGUAAUAUAUUAGUGUGCGUGCAGGGUUUUGAAUUUCUAAAACACUCACAAGUAUACGAGUUAUACCCUAAUAAGUUCCUUCAACUAGACGAGUCCAGAGUAUAUGUGCUCAACACAUUAUUCAAUCUUCCAGAAACUUAUCUUUUAGCAUGUCUCAUCAACUAUUUUACAACAUCACCCAACUAUACGAGAGAAAAGACUGGUGUCCGAAGUGGAGACUUAUCCAUGUCAUUCAACUCGAUAUUCCAAGACGUCAGAAAUGCAAUAGAUUGGUUGCACAUACAUGGUGAUCUGAAAGCUAGGACAAUUCAAAAUUUGUCAGAUUAUGUCAACAAAGAUCCAAGACUGCCAAUGAUCCUAGACCGUAUUCGCCAGAGUGGUGCCAAAGUAUUUUUGUUGACCAAUAGCGAUUACUGGUUCACCAACAAAAUCAUGACAUACUUGUUUGACUAUCCGCAUGGCGCUUCGCCGACAGAGCCUCAUCGAGACUGGCAAACGUACUUCGAUAUAAUCGUUGUGGAUGCCAGAAAACCACUGUUUUUUAGUGAAGGUACCAUAUUGCGACAAGUAGAUACAAAAACAGGAGCUUUGAAAAUGGGUACUCAUAUUGGACCCCUUCUAAAAGGCCAGGUGUACUCUGGAGGUUCGUGCGACGUAUUUACCAAAUUAAUUGGGGCUAAAGGCAAAGACGUUUUAUACGUAGGCGAUCAUAUAUUCGGCGACAUUCUCAAAUCGAAAAAGAUCCGUGGGUGGAGAACAUUUUUGAUUGUGCCGGAAUUGGUGCAAGAAUUGCACGUGUGGACUGACAAGUGUCAAUUGUUUACCGAACUUCAAAAUUUCGACAUAGCUUUGGGUAACUUAUACAAAAAUUUAGAUAGCAGCACCAAUGAGAAACCUGAUAUAUCGAAACUACGUAUUUCUAUGCGGGACGUUACGCACAAAAUGGACUUGUCUUAUGGUAUGAUGGGAAGUCUCUUCAGAUCGGGUUCCAGGCAAACGUUUUUCUCGUCACAAGUUACCCGAUACGCUGACAUAUAUGCCGCCUCGUUCCUCAAUCUCAUCUAUUAUCCGUUUUGUUACAUGUUCCGUGCUCCUGCGAUGUUGAUGCCCCACGAGUCAACUGUUGCUCAUGAACAUGAACAAAGGUUAAGCCAAGAAGAAGCAUCUCCUAAAUACACUAUUGAUGGUGAAGCUACAACUCAAAAACCUGAAUUAACAAUUAAACCAUUAGAUUCAGUUAUAGAUGAAAUUCAGGGUUCCAAUACGUUCACUACAUCAGUGCCUGUUUCGGUAACACAUACUCACGAUGAAGAUUGUUCAGAUGAUGAAGACAUAAGAAUCCAUUAAAUAUGAACAUUUAACAUGAAUAUUGGCAAUUACAUUAUUAUAUUAACAUUUCCAUGUUAAUAUAUUAAAUUCAGAUACCAUUUUUUGCAAUCUUUAACAAUGACUUAUUGUUCUUUAUUACCUAUAAAUAAUGGUAGCAAAUGAUAACAUUUGGUUGUGUAUGAUAAGUAAAAGCGUCUUUCUUAUAUUAUAUAUUAUCUAUUUAAUUUAACUAUCAAUUUUGUGUAAAAAUUAAGACUUUAUUGUUUGAGAGUAUUUAUUAAGUUACUUUUUUAAUCUAUAAAUUUUACUUUUACCUAAUUAUUUAUUUAUUUAUACUCUUUUUAUAAUUAACUUAUACUACCAUGGAAUAUUCUAUUAUGCUUGGCGACAAUAAAAUGUGCCUUUAGUUAAUAUCUUACUUCUUUGAGCAUUAAAUAAACUAUGUAGUUUUUAUUUGUAUAUUA